AUGGCGAAAGAGAAGCAGUUGUCUGCACAGCAGAUCUCUCAACACAAGACGCCCGACGAUUGUUGGAUUGUGGUCGACAAUCAGGUAUGGGAUGUGACGGACUUCUUGGAAGAGCAUCCGGGUGGAUCUUCAAUUAUCCUCAAGUACGCGGGACGUGAUGCCACCAAAGCAUACUCCGAAGUCCAUGCUCCGAGUGUCAUCAAAACUCAGCUACAACCAGAGCGAAAUAUGGGAGUGUUGGAUGAAGCGACAAUCAGCGAUGAUUGGGUGAAGCAGCCGCCCACUGAGAAUCCACCUCUGCUCCUAGAGAAUGAGAAGCCACCCCUACACACCCUGAUAAACUCCCACGACUUCGAAUUGGUAGCAUCGAAAACUGCCAGCAAGAAAACGUGGGCCUUCUAUUCCAGUGCUUCAACGGACCUUAUCACGAGAGAUGCGAACAAACUCUGCUUUGACCGCAUAUGGCUGCGACCGAGGGUCUUAAGGAAUGUACGAUCAGUCGACACGAAGACCAAGCUGCUUGGAAUCGACACCGAACUCCCGCUGUUCGUUAGCCCAGCAGCAAUGGCGAAGCUCAUCCAUGCGGAUGGUGAGUUGGCAAUCGCAAGAGCUUGUGGAAACAAAGGCAUUUUCCAAGGGGUCUCUAAUAAUUCUUCCUAUCCUCUCGACGACCUGCGCAGCGCUGCACCUUCGGUGAACAUGUUCUUUCAGCUCUACGUGAACCGCGAUCGUGCCAAGUCCGCUGCUCUCCUCCGCCAAUGCUCCGCCAACCCCAAUGUCAAAGCUAUAUUUGUAACGGUUGAUGCCGCCUGGCCCGGAAAGCGCGAAGCAGAUGAGCGCGUGAAAGCCGACGAAACGCUGUCAGUCCCGAUGGCACCAUCCAAAGCAAAGAAUGACAAAAAAGGUGGCGGCCUGGGACGAGUAAUGGCAGGAUUCAUUGAUCCGGGAUUGACCUGGGAGGAUAUGGUGUGGGUGCGGCAGCAUACACAUUUGCCCGUAUGCCUGAAAGGUGUCAUGUCGGCUGACGAUGCGAUCCUUGCCAUGGAAGCCGGGCUCGAUGGCAUUCUGCUAAGUAACCAUGGCGGACGGAAUCUUGACACUAGCCCACCUUCUAUUGUCACUCUAUUGGAGCUUCAUAAGCGGUGCCCGGAGAUCUUCAAUCGGAUGGAGGUUUACGUCGACAGUGGUAUCCGGCGGGGAACUGACAUUCUUAAGGCAGUGUGCCUGGGCGCAACGGCGGUUGGAAUGGGACGCAGCAUGCUCUUUGCGACUAAUUACGGCCAGGAGGGAGUGGAGCAUUUGAUUGACAUAAUGAGAGACGAGCUAGAGACAGCUAUGCGUAAUGUAGGGAUUACUAGCCUCGACGAAGCUGGUCCCCAUUUAGUCAACACUGGAGACAUAGAUCACCUGGCCGACGUCCAAUUGGACCUAGGCUUUGAUAUCGAUGCUAUUUGUAAUGGGUCAUUAUACACUUCGAUGAACGCAAGAAUACAAGCAUGCAGUUCAGCUGGCCAACAGCAAUGA